CCGGAGCUCCGGCCGGCUGCUCGCGCCGCUCUCUCGGAGUUCCACCUCGGCUAGACCGGUAGUGUCCGAGCCGGAGCUUGGUGGCGGUGGCCUCAGAGCUUAGGAGGACGGGCGUGCAGGGUCCGGGUCCCUGCGACCUAAGGCUGCGAGCCUCGCGGGCGGCGGUUGCUGUUUGGCAGGCCUGUCCUAGGAUGGGCGGUUGGAGUAGGGGCUGCUGACUGGGAGGGACGGCCGCCCCGGGCUGCCAGCGAGCCUUAGUGUUGACUCCCUGGCUCCCGAUGUCAGCAGCACACCGACUCACUCGGGCUGGUCUUCUGUGGGUUGAAAUGUCUAUGAUUUUAUCUGCCUCAGUCAUUCGUGUGAGGGAUGGACUACCGCUGUCUGCAUCCACUGAUUAUGAGCAGAGCACAGGAAUGCAGGAGUGCAGAAAGUACUUUAAGAUGCUGUCCAGGAAACUCGCUCAAUUUCCUGAUAGGUGUACACUGAAAACGGGGCGCUAUAACAUUAAUUUCAUUAGCUCUCUGGGAGUGAGCUACAUGAUGUUGUGCAGUGAGAAUUAUCCAAAUGUUCUCGCCUUCUCUUUCCUGGAUGAGCUUCAGAAGGAGUUCAUUACUACUUAUAACAUGAUGAAGACAAAUACUGCUGUCAGACCAUACUGUUUCAUUGAAUUUGAUAACUUCAUUCAGAGGACCAAGCAGCGAUAUAAUAAUCCCAGGUCUCUUUCAACAAAAAUAAAUCUGUCUGACAUGCAGAUGGAAAUCAAGCUGAGGCCCCCUUAUCAAAUCCCAAUGUGUGAACUGGGAUCAGCCAAUGGAGUCACAUCUGCAUUUUCUGUUGACUGUAAAGGUGCUGGUAAGAUUUCUUCUGCCCAUCAGCGACUAGAACCAGCAACUCUGUCAGGGAUUGUGGCGUUUAUCCUUAGUCUUUUAUGUGGAGCUCUGAAUUUAAUUCGAGGCUUUCAUGCCAUAGAAAGCCUCCUGCAGAGUGAUGGUGAGGAGCUUAAUUACAUUAUUGCAUUUUUCCUUGGGACAGCAGCCUGCCUUUACCAGUGUUAUUUACUUGUGUACUACACCAGCUGGCGGAAUGUCAAGUCAUUUCUGACUUUCGGCUUAAUCUGUCUGUGCAACAUGUAUCUCUACGAACUGCGCAACCUCUGGCAGCUUUUCUUUCAUGUGACUGUGGGAGCGUUUGUUACACUGCAGAUCUGGCUGAGGCAAGCCCAAGGCAAGGCUCCUGACCAUGAUGUCUGACAUCUCCCUUCAGAUGAUUUGCCUUUGCCUUCAGGGGAAGAAGGAGAGGACAAGUUUGCUGCCAGUGUGAUGAAGAAACCAGUCACCACACCAGAGAAGCUCUGCUUUCUUUCUCUGCCCAUCUUCCUGUUUUGUUUUACAAAUCAGCCUGUGAGCAUGCCUGGGAGUGUGUGAGACCUGGUAAGAAAACUCCCACAAGGAUCCUUCCUGCAGUGGAAUGUCAGGCCAUCACAGUAGAAGAAGUUCAGAAUCACCUGAAGACCUGGCAGGCAGCACUGAAUCCUCACCAGAGAGUUAAGCAAAGCUUAGUCCUGGGACGUGCUCUGAGGACCAAGCAGAAAUGCUACAACCUGAGUUUGCCUUUGUGAGGCAUUAGUGUAGACCAAUGAAGAAGAUGCUGCAGCAAUUGGAAAGCUAUGAUCUAAGACAGCCACUGUACUAAGUGUCAGAUUAUUGGCACAGUUGUAGUAUCGAGAGUUUAUGAAGCCUAGAAUGGCAUGGAAUUGAUUUUUUUACUUUUCUGUUUCUGCCACCUUUUAACUCUGGAGAUCACCUGGUGUGGGAGAGGGCUGUGAUGUACAUCUCUACACUAUCACAAGUCCUGACAACACAGUGAUAACGUGUUUUCUUCCUAGACCAUGUUUACCAUUUCUUUUGAAAUCACUAAAAAUACACGAUUCAUUUGACUA